GGCAAAGUGACGGUGCGGCAGUCUCGGCCGCCGGUGUCUAAAGAGUAAAGCCGCAGUCAUCGUCUUCUAAUUCUUUUUCCCGUCUUCUUCAAAACCCUAAUAUUUUCCUAAUUUCCAAUUUUUCACCCUCUGACAUUUCUGUAUUUUCGGCAAGGCUCCUCCCAGUGUGUGAGGCGGAGAGAGUGCAGACAAAAGUGGAACAAAAUGUUGUGUAGAAUGAUGAGCCGGAAGAGGAAGACCGGUUCUGUUCCGGUUUAUCUGAACGUCUACGAUCUCACUCCGAUGAAUGGCUAUGCGUAUUGGCUAGGUCUUGGAAUUUACCAUUCUGGUGUUCAAGUUCAUGGAGUUGAAUAUGCCUUUGGGGCUCACGAGCACCCAACGACAGGGAUUUUUGAAGUGGAGCCAAAGCAGUGCCCUGGUUUCACAUUCAGAAAAUCGAUACUGAUAGGGAGAACGGAUCUAGGCCCUAAAGAUGUCCGUUCAUUCAUGGAGAAACUUGCAGAGGAAUACUCGGGCAACACGUACAACCUUAUCACCAGGAAUUGCAACCACUUCUGCAAUGAUGUUUGCAAUCGAUUAACAGGGAAACCGAUUCCUCGAUGGGUUAACCGGCUCGCUAGGCUCGGUUUUCUCUGCAACUGUGUUCUUCCAGUGAGUUUGAAUGAGACAAAGGUUCGGCAAGUUAGAUCAGAAGAUAGGGUUUCCCAAGGAGAGAAGAAGAAACUAAGAAGUCAUUCAAGUAGGUUUGUAUCUUCUUCUAACACUCCUCCUUCAUUGUCACCUCACUCCUCAGGUUCAGCAAACAGAAGUUGUAGACAAAAACGUUGUCUUCCUCCAUCUUCAUCUUUGAUACACAAGUCUUCACCUUCAACAUUGAAGCUUUAAUGAUGGUGGGUUUGGAACUCGUGGGCUUUAUGAUAGAAAAACGAUGGGACAAAAUUGCAAAUAAUCAUUUUGUGCCCCAUAUGUUUAUCUGCUUCUGCAUGUCUUUUAAAUUAUAUAAUAGCAGUAACAGUUGCUUGGAAAGAGUUGCAGCUUUGGUGCUUUUUGUAAAAUGCUUUUUCGGGUUUUUUCCCUUUCUGAAUGGAAAUAUAGUUUGUUUGUUGUUUUUUCUUUC